CAAAAUUGGAUCUAACUCAUCGACAUCUAGUACUACGUAUCUGUCUACUUGAACGGCCGAAGUGUCCAACGCCCGGCUAAGUUGCCGACUCACUUCACGGCGUCUCCCGCCGGCCAGCUCCAGGACGCAGCACGUUGUCUCCUUCUCGCCUCACGCCCGUCACCCGGUCGCCUGCACUCCGCCAUUUACCGGCCCUUCGGUGGUUCGGCCAAUCCGCCCUUCUCAAUAGUCACCUUCCGACCUUCCGUAGUCCCGACCUAGGUGGUGCAUGUCUAUUUCGGUUUCUCUAUACGGCGGCUUGAGCACAGUUAAAGCUUGAGUCUUGAAUUCAAAAUAAUCUACAUGGGUAAUCUCUAGAAGAUAUCAUUAUUUAAAAUUUAAUUAAUAUUCAUGCAUGGACAAUCUCUUUUCAAUCAAAGGUUCUAAAUGGAGGGUUUACACUGCCACACGUCUAUUACUCUGCUUACAUAUAAUGAAAGGUACUAACUGUAGUAAUUAACUACUAUAGUAUCUAUAACAAUAUUAAUCUAAUUCAUAUGUAAUAUACGUUGUAUGUAAUAUAUAUAUAUAUAUAUAUAUAUGUAAUAUGAAAUCAUGUUAAAGUGUUUUAAUGCUUAAUACUUCGUAGAUUUUUUGUAAAUCAUAGAUAUAUCUAUUCUAAGACAUUAUUUUAUAAUUAUACAUGUUUUAUGGAGCUGAGAUUAAAAAUGAGUUGUUAUAGCUCUAAUUUGAAGUGUAUUCACAGAGUUCAAUCUUUACUGUUUGAACUUGUAAACAUCUCAUUUUGUUACAAUUUAUAAUCACCCAUACAUACAUUUUUACACACCACAGUACCCAUAUAUCUAUAUAACACUAAAUUGAACUAUAUGUCUCUUGAAAUAAUAGAAUUCAAUCUUCACGGUUUGAGCUUGUAACUUCAAAUGUUGGUAAAGUUUAUAAUCGGCAAUAACAUGUACAGUUUAAGCUGCAUUGUAUCAGCUUAAAACAUAGAUUCCACAAAAAGUAACCUGUCAACAAUGUGUGAUUCUGCAUAAAUCAAUUUAGUGUUUUACCUUUAUCACUGAUGAUAUGCACAACUCUUUUUCUCAUGUAUUGUUCACUCUCUGUAAGUGUCACCAUUUGAUCUUUCCCCCCUAGCAGAUCUGCCAAACGAUGGAGUUGCUUAAGAUAUGCAAAAUAAGCUACUUUCAAUGAGUAGAAGUCACGUACCCCGCCCCAGCCCCGCGCCCCACCCGCUUUGCGGCCUGGUAGUUCUUCUCACUUCUCAGCUUCUCGGAGUUUUGGCUGCCAUCUGCAGUUCAGCUCAUCGGCUCAACAACCCCAGCGGCCUAGUAGGUUUUCAUUUGCCAAUCCUGAAACCAUAAAAGCUGCCUUGAAAACCUAUUUGGAAGAACGAUUUAGAAACAUACAAUAAAGCUUCUAAUGGAAAGCAGCAAUGGAAGUACAACUGGAGGCAGAGAGUGGAUGGCUGAGGAUGCCAUUGCUGGAAAUGCAGAGGCGGUCCGUGCUCUUCGGGAACUCAUUAUGUAUCCACUCCUGUAUUCUCAAGAGUCUCAAAAGAUUGGCCUCAAAUGGCCUCGUGGCUUGUUGCUCUAUGGUCCACCUGGUACUGGAAAGACAAGUUUGGUUAGAGCAGUUGUUCAAGAAUGUGGAGCACAUUUGACUGUUAUUAGCCCACACAGUGUCCAUAGAGCACAUACUGGAGAAAGCGAGAGAGUUUUGCGAGAAGCAUUUGCAAAAGCAUCGUCUCAUGCAAACCUUGGGAAGCCAUCUGUUAUCUUUAUAGACGAAAUUGAUGUACUAUGCCCUCGUCGUGAUUCUAGUUUGCGGAGCGGGGAGGCAUGAGCCGUUGGAAGUUUCCGUGCUUCAUAGAUUAUUGCACUUGCACAUAAUACUUUCAUAUUCAUAUUUCAUUCAACAUACUUGGUGAGUUUGCUAUCGCAGAAGAGAACAAGAUGUACGUGUAGCUUCUCAGCUCUUUAUGUUGAUGGACUCUAAUAAGUCCGUUUCAACAUCUGGAUUACAUGUUGUUGUAGUGGCAUCAACUAAUAGGGUUGACACACUUGACCCGGCUCUAAGAAGAUCUGGGCGUUUUGAUGCUGAGAUUGAAGUCACAACCCCUAAUGAAGAUGAACGCUUUCAUAUCCUCAAUCUUUACACUAAGAAGCUUCCAUUGGACCCCAGUGUUGACCUGCAGUCAAUCGCUGCCUCUUGUAAUGGCUAUGUUGGGGCAGAUUUAGAAGCUUUAUGCCGCGAAGCUACUAUGUCUGCUGUCAGACAAUCUUCAGAAUUAGAUCAAGUAGAUUGCUCUUGGAACAUAACAGUGGAUGACUGGAGGCAUGCCAAAUCUAUUGUUGGUCCUAGUAUAACAAGAGGUGUAGUUGUGGAAAUUCCAAAGGUUUCUUGGGAGGAUAUUGGAGGACUACAAGGCAUAAAGAAAAAGCUACAGCAAGCUGUAGAGUGGCCGUUAAGGCAUUCUGAAGCAUUUGCGCGGUUGGGAGUAUCACCUCUUCAUGGCAUCCUUCUUCAUGGACCUCCAGGGUGCUCUAAAACCACCCUUGCAAAAGCUGCUGCUCAUGCUGCACAGGCUUCCUUUUUUUCGUUGAGUGGUGCAGAAUUGUAUUCAAUGUAUGUCGGUGAAGGUGAAGCUUUGUUGCGCAAUACAUUUCGAAGAGCUCGACUUGCAGCACCAAGCAUUAUUUUCUUUGAUGAAGCUGAUGUCAUUGCUGCCAAACGUGGUGGAAGUUCUAGCAGAAGCAGCCUUGUUGGGGAGAGACUUCUGUCUACUCUUUUGACUGAAAUGGAUGGCCUGGAGCAAAUGAAGGGGAUUCUUGUUUUAGCUGCAACCAAUCGCCCUCAGGCAAUUGAUGCUGCACUUAUGCGACCUGGGCGCUUCGAUCUGGUUCUCUAUGUGCCGCCACCAGAUUUAGAAGCUCGAUGUGAGAUCCUUCGUGUGCAUACACGUAACAUGAAGUUAGAUGCCGAUGUUGACAUUAGGCAAGUAGCUGAGAAUACGGAUCUCUACACAGGGGCAGAGUUGGAAGGGCUGUGCAGAGAAGCCGGAAUUGUUGCUUUAAGAGAAGAUAUUUCAGCCACUGUUGUGUGUGAUCGACACUUCCAAACCGUCAGGCAGUCACUAAAGCCAGCGCUCACCCAGGGAGAAAUUGAAUCAUAUUCCUCCUUUAUGAAGAAGGAGAAGGAGAAGAACCCAUCUCUCUGUUCUUCUAGUACACUUGAAUCCUCCAGCUACAAUCAGAGCAGCAAGACAAGUCGGCAUCUUUUGAUGAGUCCUGCUCUUAGAAUCUGUAUUUUUAGUGUAGUUUUGUAUGUUGCUGCAAUUUAUGCGUUCACACCGGCCGUUCUAUUGUCUAAAGAACUAAGAAGUACUUAGAAUUUCAUUGUGUUUGUGUUGCUUAGUUCUGAACAAAUAUUAUGUACGGUACUAUAUUAUAUCUAAAAAAGGUAAAUCAUUCGUUUCAG